CCUGGGGUUGUAAUAAUGGCGGUUGCGCUUUAAGACACAUGGAAUCUUGCAGGUCUUGGUGACAGUUACCGGGAGGCAAAAUGAGCGCCAGCAUGUUUCCGUAGCCACCUUGCACUAAACAUCUGGGCUCACCGUAGAAACAGCCUGGUACAUUCUCAUCAUCAUCACCCUCACUAUGCAGGCUCUCCUCCGACACCUCUACCUUUUUGUGCUGCUAGCAACAGGUGCCUCUCUGGAAUGUGAACAUUGUCAAGGGUCUAGCAAUGUCUGUAGCGGUCCAAAGGAGGCAUGUCCUGCUGACAAAGAUAUCUGUUAUACUGGAUAUUCUGAAGAUACCCUAGAGGGAACAUUGGCUCAGAACAUCGUAAAGGGAUGUGAAUCAACAGACCUGUGCUCUUUAGGUCCCGUACACUUGCAUGUUAGUAACGACAAAUACUACAACGCCAGAUACGCUUGUUGCCCAUGGAACAACUGCAAUGAUGUCUUUCCUAAGUUGUUACCAAUCAAGGAGGAAAAGAAGGUGGUUCAGUGCCCUGCUUGCUACUCCUGGACAGGGGAGUGCGGUUCCGACGUGGUGAACUGUACUGGGAAGGAGAUAUAUUGCUUUUCCCUGACCUCAAAAAUAAUAACUAACGGGACCAGCUUUGUUACCAUGAAAGGUUGCACCUCUAAGGCUGUCUGUGAAACAAUGAAAACCGGCGCCCUCGCCAUGAUCAUAAAGGAAGUUAAAGAAAUGCGCUGUACGUCUCUCAUUUCCAAAGGGUCUCGAUUAUUUGGGCCCCUCCUGCCAUCUUUCUUUGGGUUCCUAUUCGAGAAGAUCCGGUUGUAACAGGCGGCGGCAUGGGACUGCACCAAGAUCCAAAGGCUUAAAUCUACCUCUCUUUAAUCCAUGCACUUCUUUCUUGCAAUGUGGUUUGGUCUUCCGGCUAGACGGUCUCUCUAGUGUCGGCGAAAAAAAUAAUAAUAAAGAAAUAAAGAGGUCCUAACAUGAA